ACCAAACUAAAAUUAAGGGAUGAAAAUAAAAUAAGUUAUUAAGAUAAAUGAGGCUUGCAAAAAAAAUAAAUAAAUAAAAGCAAGUGUAACUAUAAUGUCGGGGAAAAUAUACAGCCGUCAUAAGUGUCUUAAAUAACCAAAUUAGGUGGAGAGAUGAAUUCUGAUGCAUGUUUCUCCUUCUCUUUCUCUACUUGUGGGUCUCUUUUUGGCUCUGCAUUCUUAUGGUUGUCAUUCCCAUGCACGCAGACUCAUCCGCUUGUUCAAACAUCGCCAUUAAUUAUAUGUAUUAAGUUCAUCUUCAAAUCAUAGAUAUGUUCAAUAAUUAAUAUAAUUUAGUUGCUGAUCCCGUCUUUCAUCCUUGGGCAUUUGGUAUUAAAAAUACCAGAGACACAUGCAUAUGCAAUCGUUAUUUUCUUCACGGCAAUAUCUGUCUAUAUGCUUUGCAAUUGUACGUAGGAGCAUUAAACUGCUUGUAAUCUUCAAAACGUUUGAUUGAUUGUAUUUCACACAGUAAUAGGAGAGCUUUACCAGCAGUUAGGCAAUAAUUAAUAAUGCAGUGUCAUCCAUGUGCAUUAAUAAUUCCUAUUUGAUUUGGUGUAUGCGCUUGAUGCAGCAUAUAUAGGAAUAGAUGAGGAAACUAAGAUUUAAUCUGAAGGGACUGGGGCCGCUUCCUCCGACUGGUGGGAGUGGCGGAAUAAGGAGAAACGACAAUGCAUCAAAAUCUUUUAGGGUAGGAAUGAGAAGGGGGUCGAAUGGGCUAAGAGUACUUGGGAGAUCCCUGAAAAGUGGAGUGACGUGGGCAUCAGUGUUCCCAGAAGAUCUUAAAGUGUCUGAGAGAAAAAUAUUUGACCCUCAAGACAAGACCCUUCUGCAGUGGAAUAAAUUCUUUCAAGUUUUGUGUAUCAUAUCUGUAUCUUUUGAUCCCCUUUUCUUUUAUCUCCCAUAUUUCAAUCACAAAUCAUUCUGUCUUGCCAUAGACAGCAGCCUGGCAAGCUAUGCAGUUACACUCAGAACAAUCUUCGAUGCUAUCUACAUCCUUCGCAUAAGUUUCCAGUUUCGCACUGCUUUCAUUGCGCCUUCUUCUCGUGUCUUUGGACGAGGUGAACUCGUCAUAGAUCCUGCAGAGAUUGCUAAGAGAUAUUUGCAACGUUACUUCAUUGUUGACUUCCUCUCUGUGUUGCCUUUGCCACAGAUUGUCGUGUGGAGAUAUCUUCAUGAUCCAGCGCGCACAAAGGUAUUAGCCACAAAAACGCAACUGUUGAACAUUGUCAUCCUCCAAUAUUUUCCAAGAUUUCUACGCUUUCUACCUUUGGCCUCAGAGAUUAGCAAGACAGCAGGUGUUUUUUCGGAGAAUACUUUGGUCGGCGCCGCAUAUUACUUGACCUGGUACAUGCUUGGUAGCCACAUAACUGGGUCUGUAUGGUACUUAUUAGCUGUAGAACGUAAUGACACGUGCUGGAGGAAUGCUUGCAUGGAGGAAGAGCGAUGUUUCACGCAUUUCUUGUACUGUGGGGGUUCAAAUAAGCGUGCUACUGGCUAUGAAGAAUGGAGAAAGAUUAGCCCAAAGAUUCUUAAGGAUAAGUGUUCCGCUGAUGAUGACGACGCCCCAUUUGACUAUGGAAUUUUCAAUCAAGCCAUAACAUCUAAUAUUGUUGCAUCAAUCAAUUUCUUUCCUAAACUAUGUUACUGUUUAUGGUGGGGUGUCCAAAACAUAAGCACACUUGGUCAAGGGCUUCAAGCUAGCACCUACGUUGGAGAAAUUCUGUUUUGCAUUUUAUUAGCUGUUUUGGGGCUUGUCCUUUUUGCUGUUUUGAUUGGAAAGAUGCAGAACUUUCUUCAAUCGAUGUCUGUCCGUCUAGAGGAAAUGAGGAUCAGAAGACGUGACUCAGAGCAAUGGAUGCACCACCGCUUGCUUCCAGCGGAGCUAAGGGAAAAAGUUAGACGCUAUGAAAAAUGUAAAUGGUUUAACACACGUGGAGUAGAUGAAGAGAGCUUGGUUCAGAAACUUCCCAAAGAUCUGAGGAGAGACAUCAAACGAUACCUUUGUUUGAAUUUGGUUAGAAGGGUUCCUCUGUUUGCCAACAUGGAUGAGCGGUUGCUGGAUGCGAUAUGCGAGCGACUGAAGCCAUGUCUGCAUACAAAGGGGACAUGCAUAAUAAGGGAAGGGGAUCCGGUGAAUGAGAUGUUGUUCAUUGUACGUGGCCAACUUGAGAGCGUGACGACGGACGGCGGAAGAAGUGGAUUCUUCAACAGAGGUUUUCUGAAAGAAGGUGACUUCUGUGGAGAAGAGCUGUUAACAUGGGCACUGGACCCAAAAUCAUCGUCGAAUUUACCGUCAUCUACAAGGACUGUGAAGGCCAUGGAUGAAAUGGAGGCAUUCGCUCUGGAGGCAGAGGAGCUCAAGUUUGUUGCUUCCCAGUUCAGGCGCCUUCACAGCAGGCAGGUUCAGCACACCUUCCGUUUCUACUCCCAGCAGUGGCGGACUUGGGCUGCCAUCUUCAUCCAGGCUGCCUGGAGGCGCCACCAGAGGAGGAAAAUUGCAUCCAUGCACCACAUCAACAAGCUUGAUGAUGAUGACGAUGAUGAUCAAUCCCAUCAUGAUGAUGAUGACGACGACGAUGAUGAUACAAAGGCCUUGAUUCCAUCUUCUUCCUUUUCAUCUUCUACUGCUAAUACUACUACUGCUGCUGCUGCUGCUGCUACUUCUACUAUGCUUAUUGGGUUAGAUUCGGCUAUGUAUGCUUCCCGGUUUGCAACUAAUUUGCGUGGGCAGAGGCCCCGUUCUUCCAGUUCGGAAGGCAUCGGCCUUCCCCCCCAAAAGCCUCGAGAACCCGACUUCAGCCAUCUUGAUGAUGAUGAUGACCAACGCUAAUAAUCGCUCCUAUCAACCACUUCUUCAGCUGCUUGCCCAACAAUAAUAUUACAUAUAUUUUUGUAUUUAUUUUAUUGAUUAAUACAAAAUAUGGACACCA